UGAAACAGUGAAAUAAGGAAAAUACGAAAAUGUCUGGUCGCGGUAAAGGUGGAAAAGUGAAGGGAAAGGCAAAGUCGCGUUCUAACCGCGCUGGUCUUCAGUUUCCCGUUGGUCGUAUUCACCGCCUCCUUCGUAAGGGCAACUAUGCUGAACGUGUUGGUGCCGGUGCUCCUGUCUACUUGGCUGCCGUUAUGGAAUAUUUGGCCGCUGAAGUUUUGGAGUUGGCUGGCAAUGCUGCACGCGACAACAAGAAAACUAGAAUUAUUCCUCGCCACUUGCAAUUGGCCAUUCGUAACGAUGAGGAGUUAAACAAACUGCUUUCGGGCGUCACCAUUGCCCAGGGCGGUGUUUUACCCAACAUCCAAGCAGUUCUGUUGCCCAAGAAGACGGAAAAGAAGGCAUAAUUUGCUAGUUAACUAAACAAAAAAAAAAAAAGACAGCGUAUACAUUUGUAAAUAGUCGAAACCAACCGUCCUUUUCAGGACGACCAAAAAUAUUAAAAAAGAG